GGAGAGUAGCCACGAAACAGAGCAUAGUAUCUUCACAAAGUAUCCCACCCCCAACUUCGAGCCGCAGGGGAGAGAGAUUGAAACACAAAAAAAAAUCUUGGAUGACUUGAAGCUGUGACAAGAAAGUAAAGGCGCCUUCAAUUUCCAGCUUAACAUCAUUGAAAUAAAAGCAGCAGCAAAGUGAUGGCUACACUGGUUUCCCUAUGCGCUUCUAAUCUUCUUACUUUAAGAAAUAAAAGCACUUGUAGGUAUAUUGGACUGAGGCCAGUAAUUCAACUCAGAUCCUCACCUCUAUCUCUUAUGCAUACAAGAAGCCAAAGUCAUCUUGGUCAGCAAACAAGGGUACUGUUACAUAGGUUUGUUGUGUUGGCUAUUACUGAAGGUUCUACAAAAUCUAGCCAAUCUGAUGAAAAGAUUCCCUCUUGGGCUAGACCUGAUUCUGAUGAACCUCCUCCUUGGGCGCGGGAUGAAGGCAAUGACAGUACUUCUCCACAAACAAUAGAGAUACCCUUUUAUGUUUAUUUACUUGCAUCGGCUGUGACAGCUAUAGCAGCAAUAGGUUCUGUGUUUGAAUAUGUUAAUCAGAGACCUGUUUUUGGGGUCCUGAGCUCAGACAGUGUGUUUUAUGCACCAUUGCUUGGAUUCUUUGCUUUUACUGGAAUACCCACAUCAGCCUUCUUGUGGUUUAAAUCUGUUCAAGCUGCCAAUAAAGCAUCUGAGGAGCAGGAUCGCCGAGAUGGCUAUCGUUAGGACUAAUGAUGAAGCAGCUUUUUUCCAUGAUCUUAUACGUUGUACAUCUUUUAAUAUUUUUUUUUGGUAAAUGUCCUUGUGCAAUCUAACAUUUUCUUUAAUAUUUUUCUAUCAUAUAAAGUGGCUUUUCCGCAUUUUUCUUUUGCCA